UACGCAAAUAUACCGACGUGCGCGCCGCUUCUUGUUUCCACCGGCGGCCCACCCAUCUCUUUACAAGGACUGACACGUAUGGCAUCACCAUGGCAAGCACCGGCAGGAAGUCUCCGAGAGGCGAAAGCGCAGAUGGCAAAGCGCAACAGCCACCUCAGUCAAAUUUCCAGAGGCUCUGGACGAAAUUCUUGGAGAAAAAGAAAGGUACUGGCCGUAAAGAAGAGCCUCCUCUUCCUGCAGCGUCCCCAAAGAAAAACAUCCGGUCCGCUCCUUCAUCGCCAAGCCCUACCCACAAGAUCGCCGGUUCUCCCAAGCCUAACCGAAGCAAGACAACAAGUACCUCAGCAAGACCUUCACCACAAUCGUCCCCGGACCCUUCAACAUAUCGCAAGCCCUUGAGAAGCACGAAAACCAUCACGUAUGCGACCACAAGGAACCGUCUACCUCCCAGGACAUCGCGAAGGUCACUGCCUUUACCGCCGGACUACAGUUACCGUUUCGUAGGUCCCUACUCGGCGACGUACCGAAACCGUUUCGGCACCUACAGCAGGAUAUCUAGCAGUCCUCCACUCAGAAGAAGAGUCGUGCCCCCCGCGAGUCCAACACGGUCCAGGAGUGGACAGGUACCUUCCGGACGCUUGAGUCCAGUAAGCCCUUCGCGAAUACGUCUGUACACGCUCUCAUGCGCGACCGCAAGUUCUGCAGCGAAGCAGCGGCCACCCGUGAGACAUUAUUCCCCACCGAGACCACCACCAUCUCCCCCGUCUCCUCCAUCUCCACCGAGGAAACACGCCUUGCCGACAUUUGCGAGUCCUACGAGAAGCUGGGAGGCCAAACGCGCGGUUUCCAUGCCUUCCGUGGCUUCCAUCGCAUCGCGCAAUGAGGGACGGUUCAGGAGACAGCAAGCGGCCAAAGCCAAGGAUUCUGGGAAAGAGAACAGUUCCGUGAGGAGAGUGCUACCGCAGAGCCCAACUGCGUCGCCGGUCACGGCGCAGAAGAGGGCUCCUGUUAGAACAGAGACGUUCAGGACCAGGAUAACGGAGAGAGGGAGAAACGCGAACAACGUACAGAGUAAGCUAACGAUAGCGAGGAGCAAAACUUUCUCGAAGAGCGACGACAGAUGUGAACCAUCGAAGAGAGAAGCUAUCAGGUCGUCUAGUGCUGAAAGGCAGAGAAAUAUGCCUUCUAUUAAGGUGACGCCACCUUCGCCGUCUGUUGCUAGGAAAUCAGGCAAUCAAUCCACUGUACGAAUCAGCACAAGUGGAAAGACUUCGCCUAUUUCAAAAACUUCCAAAACAAUCACGGUAACCAAGACCUCAAAGACGGUCACAGCAGAGGAGACGAAGCAUGAAGAAGAAAGCUCCGGCAAAGAUGACUUGGUCCUUAACGGACAACCGAAGCCAGAAGAGCCAACCGCGUCAACGAAACCGGCUUCCACCAACAUCAAGGAGAAGUCCAAGUCAAACGGAACGCUUCGAAGGGCAGCCAGCAGUUCGUCCGUGAAAACGACAGAACUUUAAGUGUUGUCCUCGUGAGACAUGACGGUGGUACAUGGUUUUGUGCCUCUGUAGGGCGCUUUGCGUGCUGCACGCCGUGCGACUUCUGUGUGGAGCGCUUCCUACAGGACAUGCUUUUAUUCUUCGGAAGUUUGUGAAGAAAAGUAGCAAGGCAAUAAGGAAGGUCGGAGUAAUC